CCGAAACUCAAGCGGACAUGGUUGAAAUUUCUGCGUUGCCUAUAUUUUCGGUUGGUAAAUUAAAGAAAAAAAAACCUCUAAAAGUUGAACCGUAGUUGUUAAAAGCGUAGUAAGGGCAGUUUGGUAAUUUAUGGGAGUCCACUGGUUCUCCGUAACUGUCUCAGGGGCUUCCCUCUCUUUCUUCCUCAUUUCUCCUAUUAGUCUUUACUCUUAUAUUCCAUUGUUCCCAUUUCCCUCUCUUAACAUCUCGAGACCUUCUCUUUAACUUUAGAUUGAUCUCGAUCUUGAUCUUGUUCGACCCGAUAUUAUAGCUCUCACAUCACCAUGGCUACAUAUAAGCCCAAGAACAUCCUCAUAACCGGAGCCGCCGGUUUCAUCGCCUCCCACGUCGCCAACAGACUAGUCCGCACCUACCCUCACUACAAAAUCGUGGUCCUCGACAAGCUCGACUACUGCUCCAACCUCAAAAACCUUAACCCUUCCAAAUCCUCCCCCAACUUCAAGUUCGUCAAGGGCGACAUCGCCAGCGACGACCUCGUCAGCUACCUUCUCAUCACCGAGAACAUCGACACCAUCAUGCACUUCGCCGCUCAGACCCACGUCGACAACUCCUUCGGCAACAGCUUCGAGUUCACCAAGAACAACAUCUACGGCACGCACGUCCUUUUAGAAGCUUGCAAAGUCACUGGACAGAUCAGGAGGUUUAUCCACGUGAGUACAGAUGAGGUCUACGGAGAGACUGAUGAGGAUGCUUCCGUUGGGAACCAUGAAGCUUCUCAGCUGCUUCCGACUAAUCCUUACUCCGCUACUAAAGCUGGUGCUGAGAUGCUUGUGAUGGCGUAUGGGAGAUCGUAUGGUUUACCGGUUAUAACCACGCGUGGGAAUAAUGUUUAUGGUCCGAACCAGUUUCCUGAGAAGUUGAUUCCUAAGUUCAUGUUGUUGGCUAUGAAUGGGAAGCCGCUUCCGAUCCACGGGGAUGGAUCUAAUGUAAGGAGUUACUUAUACUGUGAAGACGUUGCUGAGGCUUUUGAGGUUGUUCUGCACAAAGGGGAAGUUAACCAUGUUUAUAAUAUUGGGACGACGAGAGAGAGGAGAGUGAUUGAUGUGGCGAAUGACAUCUCCAAGCUCUUUGGAACUGACCCUGACUCCACAAUCCAGUUUGUGGAGAACCGGCCGUUUAAUGACCAGAGGUACUUCCUCGACGACCAGAAGCUGAAGAAACUGGGAUGGUCGGAACGAACCACUUGGGAAGAAGGGCUGAGGAAGACGAUGGAGUGGUACACUGAGAACCCUGAUUGGUGGGGAGAUGUUACUGGAGCUCUGUUGCCUCAUCCAAGGAUGCUGAUGAUGCCAGGUGAUAGACUCUGUGAUAACUGUGACGACGACCACAAGGAUGUUGCAGAUGGUAAUCAGACGUUCACUGUGGUUACUCCUUCUGGAGACAACAAAGCAUCCUUUAAGUUCCUUAUAUACGGCAAGACCGGGUGGCUCGGUGGUCUUCUAGGGAAGCUGUGUGAGAAGCAAGGGAUCCCAUACGAGUAUGGGAAAGGGAGACUAGAGGACAGAGCUUCUGUAAUGGCGGAUAUUCGCUGCGUCAAACCUACUCAUGUCUUCAAUGCGGCCGGUGUAACGGGGAGACCUAAUGUGGACUGGUGUGAGUCUCACAAAACCGAGACUAUCCGAGCCAAUGUCGCUGGUACUUUGACUCUAGCAGAUGUGUGCAGAGAGAAUGGUUUAUUGAUGAUGAACUUCGCCACCGGUUGUAUAUUUGAGUACAACGCUGCGCAUCCAGAAGGCUCAGGGAUUGGCUUCGAGGAAGAGGACAAACCCAACUUCACCGGCUCCUUCUACUCAAAGACAAAGGCGAUGGUGGAAGAGCUUCUAAGAGAAUACGACAACGUAUGCACGUUGAGAGUGCGGAUGCCAAUCUCAUCAGACUUGAACAACCCAAGGAACUUCAUCACGAAGAUUUCGCGGUACAACAAAGUGGUGAACAUCCCGAACAGCAUGACCAUACUAGACGAGCUCUUGCCUAUCUCGAUAGAGAUGGCGAAGAGGAACCUGAGGGGGGUUUGGAACUUCACCAAUCCGGGAGUAGUGAGCCACAACGAGAUACUAGAGAUGUACAAGAGCUACAUCGAGCCGAGUUUCAAAUGGUCCAACUUCACUUUGGAGGAACAGGCUAAGGUCAUUGUGGCACCGCGGAGCAACAACGAGAUGGAUGGUGCCAGGCUUAGUAAGGAGUUUCCUGAGAUGCUUUCCAUCAAAGUGUCGUUGAUCAAAUACGUCUUUGAACCAAACAAGAGAACGUAAAACUCUCCUUAACCAUACAUACACUUUCCUCUUUUUUUUUUCAAUUCAUUGUUAUAUUAUAUAAUGCAGGUAGCUUCACUAUAAUGAUUCAUUUACUCUCAUUUUUGGCACU